CGAACCAAACAACCACUUUGGAUGGGCCUUCGGUCUGUCGCCGGUGCAGUGGUAGCCCCGAACGGAUCGGUCCCGACGAACGAACAUGGGUGUUGGAUGAAGUCUCGUGCCCGUCCCGUCUGGAAGCUGGCAUGGCACCGUGGCUCGCCCUCUCGGCACGCUCCCUUCGACGGCGUCUCCUCGCGCGACACGCGCCGUGCGCGCGCCGCGCCACUGCGAUCCUCCCCGACCACGUGUGCGCCACCCGCGCGCACGCACCGCCCAGCCCAGCCUUCUCCCACCGCGACCCGUUCCUUCCCCGCAACCCUUGCCGUACUUCGACGAGCGUACGCGCCACCGGUGAUAUAAGCGCACGGCACCCACCGGCCGACGCGCACGGAUCAAUCUGCGCAAGCCCGGGACACGACACACGAGAACAAGCUGCCUCCGGUCGCGAGCCCGGCACCAACCUGCUGGCUGCUGAGAUGCGCCGCGCGGGCGAGGCGACGGCAGUGCCGGCGGCGCGGCGGGCGCCGCCGCCCCCUCCCCCUCCCCCGUGGGAGGCGCUCCCCCUCGUCGCGCCGUUCCUCGACGCCGCGUCGCUCGCCGCGGCGUCCUGUGUCUCCACGUCGUGGCACGCCGCCUUCGCGGCCGACUACCUCUGGGCGCGGCUCUGUGCGCAGCACUACCCCUCCGCGCUCGGCCUCCUACGUCACCUCCCCGACACCGAUGGCUGCUCCAGCGGCCGGCAGCAGCGCUCCUCCACGCACUGCCGCCUCUUCGCACUGUUCCGGUCGGCGUCCAUCCGCUGCCGCGCGCUCCCGGCCCCGCGCCUGGCACUCGCCGACGUCGCCUUCGCCGUCGACGUCUCCACGGCCGGGAGCGAGAGCAUCGUCUCCUUCGCGGUCCCCGCCGCCGAGGCCGGUGGCGUCAAGAACGCCGCGGGGCUAUUCCUGUUCGGGAUCGACCUGAGCGACCGGAACGCGGCGAUCGGGCCGGGCGAGUGGCGCGUCCGGUGGACGGCGGUGCGGACGGGUAACCGUUGGGACGGCGGCGCGCCCGUGGCGGUUUUGAUGAUGGACGCCAAGGUGCCGGCGGCGAGGGCGGCGGGCGCCGUCAGCUUCGGCGGCAGAGGGGAGGCCGGGGUCGCGGCGAGGCUGCCCGCGCCGGGCUGCGGCGGCGAGAGGCUGGAGGCGGAGGUGGUCGUGGAGCUGGCCGGGGAGGAGAGGCUGGUCGAGAAGGUGAGGCUCGGAGUGAUGUGCGAGUGCAGGUACGUGGGCGCCGACGAGGGGCUCAGAUAUCUGCAGCAUUUCCUCCUGUAAAAAUGCACGUCUUCCUCCGGUGAUCUCGUGCACGGUCGAAUCAGAGCUCCGAUGAUCUGAUCCUGAGUAGAAUAUAUAGUGCAACAAACUGAACUCUCAUCUGUUGUUCUUUCCCCGUUCAAUGGAUUAAUCUUGUGGAUUGUACAUAUGCUCGUACGGGGAUGGUCCAAUGAGCAAGUUUCUCCGCUUGUGUUU